ACGAGAACAUAGCUCAGUACACCACGUGUCAUGAUACAAUUGGUUGAACAUUUUUUUUAACGUUUCCAACCAAUUCUAGUAUUAUAUUUGGUGUACCAAAUCGUGUUAUUGGCACACUGAAAAAUCUAUUCCUCCCCUUCUCUCUCUCUUUCUCACACUUUUAUCUUUGUCUAUAUCUUUAUAAAGAAGUUAAUACAAGAUAUUGUCAUAACUUAAUCAUGACUUUUCAAAUAGGAGGAAAAGAGAAUUUAGAUGAGAGAGAAUCUUACUCCUUAUUUUUGUUUCUAAUUUUUUUAGUUUAUUCAAUAUAAAAAUCAUAAAUAAAUAAAAUUGUGGAGAAGGAAAAAAUGAAAAACAAAUGGUCAUUAAUUGUGUGUUUUUAUUUUAUCUAUGGCACCGUUACCAUAGCAACAUGUAUGGCACCGUUACCAUAGCAAAAUAUAUGAUAAAAUUAUUCAAAUUAGUGCAUGCAUGUCCUACCAAUUUUGUGUUCUAACUUUGCUACCACUUCAAGAAAGUUGUGGAGAUUGCUUCCCAACAAAGGGCUUUGGUCUCCAAAGUGAUGGUAAUUUUAUAUGCUUUAUUCUUGUGUCUCCAAACUACCUUCCCUUCACAGCACCAACUAAUUAUAAUACAUGCUAGAAAAAUACUAAGAAGAUUCUCUUAAAGUAUGAUUCUUUAUAGAUUCUUUGUCACCUUAUGUUUUUUGCACAAUAUUAUUUUAUAAUGUUAAUACGAAAAUUGACGUUAAAUUAUAAGGUAGCAGAGAGUUACACUUUUCAAAGAGCCUCCUAAAUAUUUCUCUACAUGCUAUAUUGAGUUACCCUUUGUAUACGUAAUACAAUUUAGUUUUCACUUGCAAAGUUUUGUCCUUAACUUUGGCCUUACCCUUGUUAAGUUGUUUGUAUACAAUGGUGAAUUUACGAAUUUUUCCUUCUGAGCGUAAGAUGAAACUCAGACGUCACAAUGGCUAAUUGCUCUUAGCUAUAUAUCUACCUUGCUUAUGAGCCUCUUUGAUAUGUUUUGUCAAACCAUUUUCUUACGUAGUAGCCUUACUAAAACAGAAUAUCGCCAAAACAUUAGACAAUUUCAUGUGUAACAAUAAGGAAAAUUGUGGGCAAUUGUGUACACAGACACUUAUGUCAUGUGGAUCCCUCAAUAUUGUUAUAUUUCGAGAAUAGUAUAGAAACAUCUUUGUAAAGAGGAAGAUUGAAAGUUGAAUCUUUUUUUCUCAAAUAAAAGUCGAACUCUUAUUGUGAAUAUGAGAUAAGUACUCUACCAUUAAAUUUAUCAACCUCAACUAUAUCGACAACUUAAAUAACACAAAACCACUCAAUAUUGUAUUUUAAAAUAUAAUGUAACCAUAAAGCCAGCAAUACAACGGCAAGGGUCACAUUCUGCCGGCAGACUUGCCAUCUAAUAGGCUUUGACGCCGCAAAGAAUUGUGCCAGCAAUCCUCAAAAGAAGGGGACACUAUUUCUAGCAAUUUUUCAAUGCUUUUAGAAUGCGCUACGUAGCGUUAUUAUUUUACUCAAAUUAAUAUAACACAUGAAUUUAUUUGUUAAUAAUAUAUUCUACCGGAAUUUAAAAACCGUGUCGUCCACCGUUAUUAUAACAUAUGAAAAUGUAUCACGUUUGUGUUUCUGAUACCAUAAAAGUUUCCCAAACUAGUUGUUGAUUUUAAGUGAGCAUAUAUUGUAUUUGUCUAAACUAGGAAAGGGUAUUCCAUGUAUUGUGUGGAUCACGGCCAUAUAGGAUUACAAUCAGGAUUUGACUUUUCUAUUUUAUAUAUAGGUCAUAUUAUUCCUCCAUAUAUUCUUCCAUAUAUCAAUCCAGGAACUACCUAGCUCUUUCUUAAUUGUGCUAAUGGCAGCUGAAGAAACUGAGAACCCAGAGGCUGGCAAUGGCAUUGAACAUGUAGCAGCCAUUUUCGGGGUCACCGGGCUAGUUGGGAAGGUGCUGGCCAGAGAGCUGGUCACAAAACCCAAAUGGAAGGUUUACGGCAUAGCUCGUAAUCCGGAGAUCAUGCCACCUAUUGAUCAACGUUCUUCAAACUUCCAUUUCAUCCAAUGUGAUCUGCUAAACCGUUCGGAAACCGAAGAACGGCUGUCACUGUUGCAAGAUGUUACUCAUGUGUUUUGGCUCACCUGGGCAAGCCGAUACCAGUUGGAUAGCGUUGAGUGUUGUGAGCAGAAUAAGGCCAUGAUGUCGAAUGCAUUGGAUGCCAUUGUUCCGAAAGCGAAGGCAUUGAAGCAUGUUUCUCUCCAGACAGGGAUGAAGCAUUACGUGUCGUUGCUAGGGCCUUUCGAUGAUGAAGCAGAAGCUCGGUACUACGAUGAAGAUUGCCCGAGAGUGGAUAAAGGGUGCAACUUUUACUAUGUCCUAGAAGACUUGCUAAAGGAGAGGCUGGUUGGUAAGGUAGCUUGGUCGGUACACAGGCCUGGUUUGUUAAUUGGUAGUUCUCGUAGGACUGUGUACAAUUUUAUGGGGAGUUUAUGUGUUUUCGGAACCAUUUGUAAGCAUUUGAAUCUGCCUUUUGUGUUUGGAGGGACAAAAAGGUGUUGGGAAGAGACUUGUAUCGAUGGCUCGGAUGCCAGGCUAGUAGCUCAACAGCACAUUUGGGCAGCAACCAAUGUUGAUUUAUACUCACAUUCCACUGAUGGUCAGUCAUACAAUGCAAUCAAUGGGCCAAGUUUUACAUGGAAGGAGAUCUGGACGGCUCUUGGAGAGAAAUUCGGAGUAGAAGUAGUACACGGAAGUGCAUUUUCGGAGGAGUUCUGGUAUUCGAAAUCCAUGGCUGACAAAAAAGAAGUAUGGAAAGAAAUUGUAGCAGAGAAGGGACUGAUUCAAACUGAGAUGGAAAAUUUGGCCAAUUGGGAAUUCUUGGAUCUCUUGUUUCGUUGUCCGUUUAAGCUACUGGGAACCCGAAACAAAGUUGAUCGACUAGGUUUUACUGUAGGGUAUAAGACACUGGAUUCAAUCUUGUACUGGGUAGAUUGUAUGAGAGAUGAAAAGUUAAUACCUUAAACUUAAAGCAUAUGAAUUUUUUACAUUUGGUUAAAAUUGUUCCAGUAAUUUGUGGAGAAAGUGGAGCUCCACAAACUCCUCCUAUACAUGUUUUUGUUGACUACAUUAUUUCUUGUUCCUUAAUUUAUGAUCAUACAGGGUGUUUUUGUCUCCUCCUAUUUUUACUCAUCUUGUCCCCAGCCUCACUUUAACU